AUGAACCUGUCUGCUAGUAACAACCAAGAAUUGACCAAUCAACGUCAAGAGCCCCCCAGAGCUUGCGGAUUACGACCGGAGAAACAUCUUCAGAUGGAGCCUCGCUUCAGGAGACGGGCUGAUGGCAGCCUGAAUCUUUCGGACACACUGGAAGCAGCAAAGGUGAAGGAAGCCAACAAAGGAAAGCCUUACACAAGACCCCUGUCCCCGGAGGCUGUGCUGGACAAGGCCAAGAAAAGCUUAAGUCAGCACCAUGGAGAUCCAGCUAACAGAAAGCACCUGCUGGGUUUCUUUGAAAUCCAGUUUGGUAUCUUUCGUGGGCAAACAUUCAGGAAGAGCAAAAUGAUGCAAAAGCUUCCAAGCAUGAUGCCCUUACUCAGCACGCUGCACCCACCCAGCACGCUGCACCCACCCAGCACGCUGCACCCACCCAGCACGCUGCACCCACCCAGCACGCUGCACCCACCCAGCACGCUGCACCUACCCAGCACGCUGCACCCACCCAGCACGCUGCCACCACCCAUGCUUCCACUGCCUCUCUACGCUCCCUCUUGGUUGGGAAGAGUCAUGUUUAAUUGUCCCUUGUUUUGUUUUGUAGCUUUGGCCCAGGCACGUGCACGACCCUCUGCCACCCUCACCCAUCCAACUGUGUCCAUUGAGGGAGCCACAGGGCCCACAGCCACCCUCACCGACCCGACUGUGUCCAUUGAAGCCACCGCAGGGCCCUCAGCCACCCUAACCCACCCCUCUGUGUCCACUGAGAUAGAUGACAGCACACUGCUGGCAGAGGCAACUAUGUUUGAGGAGGCACAUGUGGCAUCAAAACGAGUCUGUCUUCCAGCUGGAUGGAUACACACCCUGCCUGAAGUAGACCAAAGGUGGAUAUCCAAGGCCCUGUUCAGGUGGGCUGCACCAGGCCGUCCUGAGCUGAUCUAUAACAGGGUGGACAAACUUUGGUGGUAUCCUCCACCGGUACCACUGAAGACCAGUAGUGCUCCUUCCUUGGAGAAUUACUUUGGCCAUCCUCUGCUGCUCUGGAUGCCACGAAAGCUGUGGCAAUUGAAGCUGACCUGUCCACAUCCAGACUGUCAGAAAGACCUUCUGACCUCAGCUGGCCUGCAUCAAAAGAUCAGGGUCGUGAUUGCUUUAAAUAGUGUGUACUUUGUGGCAUCUGAGUACCUGGCCUGCCGAAGAUGUAAGAGAAAGGUCAUCAGCUGGAGCCAUGAUAUCGUCUCCCAACUCGACAUUGGCCACAGAGUGCAGUUCCCCUGCAUUCUAACCUCAAAACUUGCAUGUGACUUUCAGGUAGUAUGUUUGAUGCGUCAACGAGGCCUGGGAAACAGCAGCAGCCAGAUCCAGCGCAAGCUGCAGGAGCGUCAUGCUGAUGUCUGGUUGCAAAAAACAGUCCAAUAUCUUACAGAUUGCAAGGGGAUCGCCAGUGCUGUCACAUCAAGCCUGAUACUGCCUGUGACAUUUGAACCGCUUCCUCCAAUGCCUUCUGUCCCUAAGCACCGGUGGUUGAUGCAGGUCUAUGCCCAGGAUGUCCUGCAACGGCUGGAUGAGAUCAAGGCCGCUAUAACAUCACAAUAUGGUCGGAUCUUAAAAAUGGAUUCCACAAAAAAAGUAGCCAGAAAACUAGCAGGACCCAGCUAUGGCACCGCUGCCUGGGCAACCAAUGUUGGAAAUGAGCAUGGACAGGUGAUCAUGUCCGUGCUCACAGCAAGUGAGGGUUUUGGUCUUGGGCCAAUGAUUGAAGGCCUCAUUAGGAGAUACAGAGUGGCUGGGGUAGCUCCUCCCGAGGUACUGUAUGUGGACCGAGACUGCUGUGGCAACACUCUUCUGAGGAGGAUGUUUGAAGAGUGGGAGCAAAUGACCAUCCGGUUGGAUAUAUGGCACUUUAUGCGGAGAUUUUCUGUGGGUUGCACCACUGACUGUCACCCGUUAUAUGCCACAUUUAUGAGUCGCCUCAGCCACUGUAUUUUCAUGUGGGACCAGGACGACCUGACGGCCCUGAAGAUGGCAAAGCGUGCAGAGCUAGAAGCUGACUGGAGACCAUCAUCUGAAGCUGAUGUACUGCGCCGUAUCAGCCGUAGCGAGCUAGCCCUACAUUGCAGGAGAACCACUCGUGGGACCAAGGAGACCCUGACGAUGAUUGAGAGCCUCAUUCAGGCCUUUGAAGGAGAUGCUGGUCGUGACACUCUGGGAGUCCCUUUAAUAAACUCAGCCCGGAUGACUGAGAUCAUAAAGUCCCAGCGAAAGCAUGUGGCCUGCAUCCAGGAUCCUCAAGGUGUGCAGCUCUACAUGCAGACGGGCACUUUAAUGAAGGGAGGGCAUCGUCUGCCAACUUACCGCUGUGCCAGAGGUUCUACUUCGCUGGAGUCUUUUCAUCUGCACCUCAACAGAUUCAUCCCAGGCACGCUGGCAAGUGACACCUUUUUUCAGGCGUAUCUAUUGGAUGGACUUGCAAGGUGGAAUGAGGACCGGGCUGUGGCAGCAACAACUGAUGAGCAGCAGCCACAUUCCUAUAGUCAUCUUCUCCGUCAUGCUGCCAAUAUUCUUUCAGAGGAGGUCAUGGGCAUGAAAAUCAGCCCUUAUGUUGGGCCAAGAAAGUACACUGGUGAACUUAUCGGAGUAGAGUAUCUUUACCAGCAAACUGGUAAAGUUCUGCAGGACUACAGGUUGGCCAUUGAAGAGUCUGAGACCACUGAGGUUGCUAUAGAGGUGGAGGAAGCUUAUGAUGAACUUGAGGAGUUUCAAGACAUCACUGUCCCCACCUUUGACACAGAGCGGAUACCUUCUGCUGCUUCACAAGCAUCAGUGUCUGCAGCAUCAUCUUCAACCCCUCCGGCAACCAGACCCAAGUCAUCACUGUAUGUGUCACCAGUGAGAUCUCCUGUCACCAGCUCUACGUCAUCACUGUCUGUGGUCCCUCCAAUACCAGUCACAUCUUCUGUUUCCAGCUCACUGCACACUCAGCCAGCACUAUCUCCUGGCGCACAUAGCUCCCCAGGUAACCAAGGGUCCACAGAAACUGACCUUCCAACAUCUGAAGAGAACCCUUCGCAUGAUGAUUGUGUUGGACCCGAUAAUAUUGAAGGUUAUGGAGCUGUGCAGGACUUGGCAGAGUAUUUGUUCAACCUUAGAGAACACCGUCUGGCCUUAACUGGAGAAGAGUCUGAUCAAAUCAUCAACCUAUGGCAGGCAUUGGGGGAGUUUGAUAAGAAAAAGACCACUUACUCGCCACGUCACCAAACCAACCUAAAACAGGGACGAUUCAGGGCCAGUAAGAAGAAUGUGGCACCAGGUGUGGAGAGCACCAGAAGGUGUUUCAUUGGGCCUCAUAGUCCUGCACAGAGGCCUGACUGCAACAGAGUGGUGGAGGGCAUCUUCAUAAGGCUCUGUGCUCUCUACCAAAACGCGGUGCGUGUUAAUGGAGAGAGGGUCACCCGCUUCACAAUGAUUGCACGGGUCUACAGACAUAUCCGAGAGUGCAUCCUCACCAAUGAUAGGGUGAUGAGAGAAACCACCAUCCAGCUUCCACAGAUGAACGCUUCAACAAUCUCAGACUGGUUCUCCAAGCGUGACAAGUCACAGGAUGUGGGGGUUACAAAGCAGGGUAUCAAUUUCCCAGAUGCACCCAUGGCUGGACCUGAGAAGCUUCCUGCAGCUUUGCAGAAAGGGCCGACCCUAUUUCCAGGAAGCUUGGCUGAGCCUCACCUUUUUGUCCUGCCAAGAAACACUGCUGGGGAGGCAAAACUCAAGAGGAGGUCACAACCUCCAGCCAUCUCCCAGGCACCACCAUCACAUCAAAGACUCCCUAUCAUUGCACCAGCAAUACCCGUCUCUCUGCCUUUCAUUUUGCCCUCCCUGCAGCUUCCGACAGUUGUAGAUACACCAUCUUCAGUGCCUGGAACUUCACAGGUGGUGUUCUUUAACGUACCUUUACCUUCUGCUAUGCCACCAUCAGCUCAGACACAAACAUCCAGUCAAGCUGUACCUUACUCCACUCAGCAGUACAGGAAGAGAAAACAGAUGAGGGAGGACACUGGAACUGUCACACGCAAAUAUGUGAGGAAGACAGAUGUUAUUCUUUGUAGAAAGUGCAACAAAGAGAGAAAGCCACCAUCACAUCUUCAGUACUUUGGCAACUGGUACUGCAAAGAGACUGAGACUCAGUCAUAUGCUGAAUGGAGGGCUGUGCUGGAGGGACGUGGUUAUGGGAAAAAAAAAAACAGGAAAUGACAAUCCUCCAGCUCCUUAAAAAUUUCACAUUUUAUAUACACACUGUAAAUAAUACACACGCUAUACACACUGUAAAUAAUGUUAAGUUUACCUUGUUUAUGGUCAAGUUUUUUAUUGUUAUUGUUUAGGAUGACCUUUCAAAGUUGCACUACUGUGAUAAAUGUUUGUUUUGAUUUAAAAAAAAAAAUUUAGUCUGACAUGUCAAAGGUGCACUGCAAGUUUUUGUUUUUGUUGUUAUUAUUAUUAUUAACAUUGAUACGUCAGAAUUGCACUACUAUGUUGAAUGCUUAUUUUAUGAAUGUUUACUAUUUAUUAUGUUGACAAUCCUCCAGCUCCUUAAAAAUUUCACAUUUUAUAUACACACUGUAAAUAAUAUACACGCUAUACACACUGUAAAUAAUGUUAAGUUUACCUUGUUUAUGGUCAAGUUUUUUAUUGUUAUUGUUUAGGAUGACCUUUCAAAGUUGCACUACUGUGAUAAAUGUUUGUUUUGAUUUAAUAUUAUUUUCUUAGUCUGACAUGUCAAAGGUGCACUGCAAGUUUUUGUUUUUGUUAUUAUUAUUAUUAUUAUUAUUAUUAACAUUGAUACGUCAGAAUUGCACUACUAAGUUGAAUGUUUAUUUUAUUAAUGUUUACUAUUUAUUAUUUUAAUAACAUUGCUGUU